AUGACAAGCAACUUUUCCCAACCAGUUUUGCAGCUUUGCUAUGAGAACCUGAAUGAGUCCUGUAUUAAAACUCCCUACUCUCCAGGGCCCCGGGUGAUUCUCUAUGCAGUGUUUGGCUUUGGGACUGUGCUGGCUGUGCUGGGAAACCUGCUGGUGAUGACUUCCAUUCUCCACUUCAAGCAGCUGCACUCUCCAACCAAUUUCCUCAUCGCCUCUCUGGCCUGUGCUGACUUUUUGGUGGGAGUGACUGUGAUGCCCUUCAGCAUGGUCAGGUCCGUGGAGAGCUGCUGGUACUUUGGAGCCAAAUUUUGUACCUUUCACAGUUGCUGUGAUGUGGCAUUUUGCUAUGCUUCUGUUUUCCACCUGUGCUUCAUCUCCAUUGACAGGUACAUUGCUGUUACCGACCCUCUGGUCUAUCCCUUCAAGUUCUCAGUUUCUGUGUCAGGGAUUUGCAUCUGCAUCUCCUGGAUCCUGCCCCUGGUGUACAGUGCUGCCGUGUUCUACACAGGUAUCAGUGAUGAUGGUAUGGAAAACUUAGUAAGUGCACUUAACUGUGUAGGUGGCUGUCAAAUUGUUGUCAAUCAAGAUUGGGUUUUGAUUGAUUUUCUGUUAUUCUUUAUACCUACCCUUGUUAUGGUCAUUCUAUAUAGUAAGGUUUUUAUGGUAGCUAAACAGCAAGCUAUAAAAAUUGAAACCAGUAUGGGUAGUAGUGAAACAGAAUCAUCUUCAGAGAGUUACAAAGCCAGAGUGGCCAGAAGAGAGAGAAAAGCAGCCAAAACCCUGGGGGUCACUGUGGUAGCAUUUCUGAUCUCAUGGUUACCAUACACAAUAGACACAUUAAUUGAUGCUUUUAUGGGCUUUAUCACCCCUGCCUACAUUUAUGAAAUUUGCUGUUGGUGUGCUUAUUAUAACUCAGCCAUGAACCCUUUAAUAUAUGCAUUAUUUUACCCGUGGUUUAGAAAAGCCGUAAAAUUUAUUUUAAGUGGAGAAAUUUUAAAGGGUAGUUCAUCAACCAUAAGUGUAUUUUCAGAAAAAGUGUAA